CAAGUUUUAGUGAUGACAAUGGCGUACUCCCGCUCCACUGUUUGGCUUCGUACAGUCUAUUACAUUUCAAAACACUUGCAUUCUUCAUGCUUAUAAUCUUCUCUGCAUUAUCUCUCUUCAAUUCACUUAAUUGCAUUUGCAUCUCCUGCAGACUCCAAGAACUUUAGGUGUAUUUGAUAGGCCAGUAAUAUUGCAAGCGAGUUUCAUUAUACAACUUUCGUCCAAAUGGAAGCCAGUGAUGGAGCAUUAAUUCUUGCAGGUGACAAAGAAAAUGAGAAUGAAGAUUCUUGCCAUGUAUGUGGUGGCAGUGGAAGUCUUCUUUGUUGUGAUGAAUGCACUGGUGCCUAUCAUCUCCAAUGUUUAAAACCACCAUUGACAGUUGUACCUCAUGGCAGCUGGAGCUGUCCCAAAUGCGUUACUCCACUUGCAGACCUAGACAAAAUUUUAGAUUGUCAGAUGAGGACAUUGAUCACAGAGGAUAAUGGAGUCUCCACUCAGAAAUUAGAAAAACAUUAUCUGGUGAAGUUCAAGUCAAGAUCUUACCUCCACUGUUCAUGGAUUUCACAAGAAGACUUUGAAAGAGCUUUCAAGUCAUAUCCGCAGCUCAAGACGAGAUUAAAUAAUUUUCAUCGUCAACUGGAUUCAGUGAAUGCUUCAAAUGAUGAUUGGAUGCCACUUCGCUCAGAAUGGGUGACUGUUGAUAGAGUAAUUAAUUGCAGAAUGACUGGUAAUGUCUAUGAAUAUUUAAUCAAAUGGAAGGAUCUUCCUUAUGAUAUGUGUACUUGGGAAGUAGAGAAGGAUAUAUCUGCUUUCCAAGAUCAGAUCAAUAAGUACAAUGUAAUUCAAGCCAGAGGACAGUUCUGCAUGUUUCGGGCUUGCAAUGGUCCUGUUCUUGAUAGCAGAGAAGCUAAAUGCAAAAUAAAAGAUUUCAAACCCUAUGACCAUACUCCCAAGUUUCUUGUUGGAGGUACUCUGCAUCCAUAUCAACUUGAAGGGUUGAACUUUUUACGAUUCUCUUGGCUUCAAGGGAGACAUGUUAUCCUUGCAGAUGAAAUGGGACUUGGCAAAACUAUCCAGAGCAUCUCUUUUCUGGCGUCUCUAGCUGCAGAGACUGUUUGUCUUCCUCAUUUGGUGGUGGCUCCACUUUCAACAUUGCGUAAUUGGGAGCGUGAAUUCUAUACUUGGGCCCCUGAUAUGAAUGCUGUAAUGUAUACAGGAAAUGCUCAAGCUCGCUCUGUCAUUAGGAAGCAUGAGUUUUUCUUUCCAAAGAAAUUAAAUCUAGUGAAUAUUCACAAAGGGGAAGGGAAUCCAGUGAUAGAACUAAAGAAAAGCAAACAGGAAAGAAUAAAAUUUGACGUCCUAUUAACAUCGUAUGAAAUGAUCACCAUAGAUGCUGUAAUUCUAAAAAAUAUCAAAUGGGAAUGCCUGAUAGUUGAUGAGGGUCAUCGGCUUAAAAACAAAGAUUCAAAACUCUUUCAGACUUUGAAGCACUUUUCAUCUAAUCAUCGAGUUCUACUGACUGGUACUCCUCUCCAGCAGAAUAACUUGGAUGAACUCUUCGUGCUUAUGCACUUUCUGGAUGCAGGGAAGUUUGCUAGUUCAGAAGAUUUUCAUGAUGAAUUCAAAGAUAUUAGUCAUGAAGAGCAAGUUGGAAAGCUGCACCAGAUGUUGGCCCCACAUCUUCUUCGAAGAUUGAAGAAGGAUGUGAUGCAAAAUAUUCCUCCCAAGAAAGAGCUCAUUUUGCGUGUUGAACUGAGUCCUCUGCAGAAAGAAUACUAUAAAGCAAUUCUGACUCGAAACUAUCAUAUAUUAGCUCGCCGAGGUCGAUCUCAGAUUUCCCUCAAUAAUGUUGUGAUGGAACUCCGAAAGCUAUGUGGGCAUCCUUACAUGUUAGGAGGAGUGGAACCAGAUGUUAAAGAUGUGCAAGAAGCAUAUAGGAAGCUUUUGGAGGCUUCUGGUAAGCUUCUUUUGUUGGACAAGAUGAUGGCCAAGCUUAAAAUUCAAGGUCAUAGGGUGCUUCUUUACUCACAAUUCCACCAUAUGCUAGACAUAUUGGAAGAUUACCUCUCUUACAAGAAAUGGACAUAUGAACGAAUUGACGGAAAAGUAAAUGGAGUUGAAAGACAAAUUCGAAUUGAUCGUUUCAAUGCACCAAACUCAACACGGUUCUGUUUCUUACUCUCAACCCGAGCUGGCGGAUUGGGUAUUAACCUUGCAACUGCAGAUACUGUAAUAUUAUAUGACAGUGACUGGAAUCCACAUGCAGAUUUCCAAGCAAUGGCCAGGGCUCACCGCCUUGGGCAAAUGAGCAAGGUAAUGAUCUACAGGCUUAUUACAAGAGGAACUGUUGAGGAACGCAUGAUGCAAAUGACUAAGAAAAAAAUGAUCCUUGAGCAUCUUGUAGUUGGUCGCUUGAAAGCCAAAGUUUUGAAUCAGGAAACAUUAGAUGAUAUAUUACGCCAUGGAGCAAAAGAUCUCUUUUUUGAUGAGAAUGGGGAGGCUGGAAAGUCACGGCAGAUUUAUUAUGAUGAUGCUGCAAUUGACAGAUUACUAGAUCGCUCUUUAGUUGACAAUGAAGACAGAGGAAGUGAUGAAGAGGAGAAGAAUGGAUUUUUAAAGGCUUUUAAGGUUGCAAAUUUUGAGUAUGUGGAUGAAGAGAAGGAAGCCGCUGUAAUAGCUGAAGAGAUGAACAACCAAGAGAUGGAUCAUCAAUCUACUCACAUAUGUGCUGCAGAUAAGGCAAAGUAUUGGGAUGAUCUACUGAAGAGAAAUGACGAGCAGCAACAAACUCAGGCAAUCACUGUGCUUGGGAAGCGAAAGCAUUGCCAUAAACAAAUCAUCUGUAUUGAAGAAGAUGAUUUAUCUGGAUUGAAUGAUAAUCCUUUAGAUGAGGAAGUCAAGGACAAUGAAUCUGAUUGGAUAGAAACAGAUGAUUCUAGCCUGACAAGAAGACUCCCAAAUACGACUCAAAGAAGGGCUCAAGCUUUGAAGGCGCGAGGGAGUACUGUGGAGUUGUCUUUAUUGGAAGGAGAGGGAAAUUCAUUGAGAGUUCUUGGGUUUAAUCAAAGGCAACGCGCAACAUUUUUGCAAAUAUUAAUGAUGUUUGGUCUGGGAGAUUUUAGCUGGAGUGAGUUUAUAUCUCGAAUGAAAAAAAAGUCUCCCCAAGAGAUCAAGAAUUAUGCAACUCUUUUCCUCAUUCACAUUGUCGAGGGUAUAAAUGACUUGCCAACGUUUUCUGAUGGUGUACCAAAAGAAGGUUUACAGGUACAGGAGGUUCUUGUUCGCCUCGCAAUACUGAGUUUAAUUAAAGACAAGGUAGAUUCUUUAGCCAAAGCUUACAUGGUGCCAAUGUUCACCAAUGAUAUUAAAUGUAGUUUUCCUGGACUGAAAUCCGAUAGGUACUGGAAGGAGGAACAUGACUUGAAAUUGCUACGAGCUUUAAUAAAGCAUGGUUAUGGAAGAUGGCCAGCCAUAUUAGAGGAUGUUGAAUAUGGAUUGAAACAUGUCAUCCAAAUGGAAUUACAGCUUCCAGUGGUAACGAGUACUAAGAUGUGUUUGCCAAGUAAAUAUGUUGGAGUGUGUCCAGCCAUGGAUAUCAAGGAUCCUUGUUCAAAAGAGGAUGCCUAUAGUCCCGUGGUAGAGGCUCAGGUGAAUCCUCCUGUUGCAGGGUACCAUUGUAAUGUUAAUCACAAAGAAAGAGAGGAAGCAGCAUCUGGGUUAGGGGGAAAAGCCCAGAUAAAUUGUGAUGGUACUAGUUUAUCAGACAAGGCACCUGGCAAGUUAAAAGGUGUGCAGUUUCAAAACAGAAUGACUAGAUUCCUUAAAAGAAGAGUGAUACUCUUGGAAGAAGCUCUCAAUGUAGAAUACCAUAAGGUGUCCAAUUUAAAUGCUGAAGAUCAAGAAAGUUGCAAAGAUAUAAAUGGAGAGACUAGCUCAUCGGAUACACCAAUACUCUGCAGACAAUCAUCUCUUUUAUUACCUAUAGGACCAGAAGAGGUCUUGACAUGUGCAGUAGAUAAUAAAUCGAAUCAUUUGGAAAUAGCUCGACUUUAUAACGAGUUGUGCAAUGUAGUUCAUGAAAAUGAACAUGACUCCUUUCAAGCAUGUUCAGGAAACAAGUCAGCUGCUUAUAGGCUAGGGAAGAAGUUAUAUUUUCUUCAGAGCCUCUGCCAAGAUGUUUGCAGAAUUUUAGAAAGCAAUGAUCUUCAGGUUUGAGGCCAAGUGCUUUUAGUUUAGAUGUUGCUCAACCAUGGAUGCGAAAUGUAGUUUGUCUCAAUGACUAACUUGCUACUACCCAAUCAAAUGUUGUACAAAGGGAAUUUCGAUACAGAGCAAAGAAUAGACUCAUAGCGAGCACUAUUUCAAGAAUUUAUAUCCAUUAUGUAAUGUUGUGGAUGUACUUGGUACAGUUAUUAGUCUGAUCCAUUGACGGGUUGACAGAAAACCUUUGGUAUUUUUUAUUUCUCUGGUUUAUGUGUGCACAAGUCAGAAGAACUUCUAUGGCAGCUGAAGGGAAGACAAAUAAAAGCUGGGUUUUGUAUAUAAAUAAAACAAAUGAAAAAAAUUAGCGAAUAAAUCCUGGAUAUGUAAACAAUCAGAAUAUUAUAUAUCAAAAGCUUACCUAGAAUUGGUUGAAUUUGUAAUGUUUAAAAUCUCUAUGCAUAUUUUGUUUAAAUUUGAUCUGCUGGAAUUUGUUAUUUUC